AUGGGGCUGGUCCGCAGAAGAUCAGAGACAGAACCUGUCUCGGGGAAGGCCCUGGUGUCGUUCGAGGACGUGGCGGUCUAUUUCUCCCCGGAGGAGUGGGCGGCGUUAGCCGAAUGGCAGCGGGAGCUGUACCGGGACGUGAUGAUGGAGAAUUACGAGCUCAUUGCCUCGCUGGGUUCUGCAGGCCCCAAACCGGAAAUGAUCUGUAAAAUGGAGCGAGGGGAAGAGCCACACACCACCGCUCCCCAGGGCGAGAGGGACAGAGGAAUCCUGGACGCCCCCAGCACAGCUGGCUGGGGAAGGCGUGUCAAGGAGGAGCUGUCUGUGGAGGGCUACAACGACCAGUGGGUGCCACACACGUCGCUGGCCGGGGGAGCCGAGGGGUUUGUGCUGGAAUAUCCUGCCCUGUGGUGCGAGGUGAAGCAGAGGGACCUGGCGGGAGACGCCCCCCAGCAAUCCCAGGAGUGGGAGGGGAGGGACGGUGCGUUCCUGGGCGGCACACUGGCCAUGAUUCACCCGGGGAGCGAGGGCCCCCUCAUCUGCUGCGAGUGCGGGAAGAGCUUUGAUGACGAGGCCUCACUGAGCGCCCACCAGCGCCUGCACCCGGGCGCCGGGCCCCACGAGUGCCGGGCCUGCGGGAAGAGCUUCCGCCACCGCCGCAACCUCUUGACCCACAAGAAGCGGCGGGGGAAGAGCCGGCACGCCUGCACCGAGUGCGGGAAAAGCUUCUGCCUCAAGGGCGACCUGCUGCGGCACCGGGCGGGGCACGCGGGCGAGGGCGGCCACGCCUGCAGCCUGUGCGGGGAGAGCUUCCGCCACAAGAGGAACCUGCUGGCCCACAGGAAGGAGCACGUCGGGGACACGCCCCACCGGUGCCCCGAGUGCGGGCAGAGCUGCGGCGACCCGGCCAGCCUGGCCCAGCACGAGGCGGCGCACCGCGAGGAGAGGCCCUUCGCCUGCGCCCGCUGCGACCGCAGCUUCAGCUGGAAGGAGAGCCUGAUUAUCCACCAGCGCAGCCACCCGCAGGAGCGCUCCCACAAGUGCGCCGACUGCGGCCGCAGCUUCAGCCGCAGCGGGAACCUCCUCAUGCACCAGCGGGUGCACACCGGGGAGCGGCCCUACGCCUGCCCCGAGUGCGACCGCACCUUCUGCAACAAGGCCAACCUCAUGGCCCACCGGAAGCUGCACCGGCGCUUCAAGCCCUACACCUGCGCCCAGUGCGGGAGGAGCUUCAGCUUCAAGACCAAGCUGCUCCUCCAUCAGCGAGCCCACGCUGCCGAGCGGCCGUUCACGUGCACAGAGUGCGGGAAGAGCUUCCAGCACCGGGGAAACCUCAUCACUCACCUGCGGGUGCACACGGGCGAGAAGCCCUUCACCUGCACCGAGUGCGGCAAGAGCUUCAGCCAGAAGGGCGACCUGAUGCGGCACCAGCGCAUUCACACGGGCGAGAAGCCCUUCGAAUGCAACGUGUGCGGGAAGAGCUUCUGCUCCAAGCAGACCUUCAUCCUGCACCAGCGCAUCCACACCGGCGAGAAGCCCUUCUCCUGCACCGAGUGCGGCAAGUGCUUCAACCGCAAGGCCAACUUCAUCACCCACCAGAAGAUCCACCGCGGGGAGCGCCCCUUCGUCUGCGCCGAGUGCGGCAAGGGCUUCUGCGCCAAGAAGACCUUCAUCCUGCACCAGAAGAUCCACAUCGGGGACCGGCCCUUCGGCUGCUCCGAGUGCGGCAAGAGCUUCAGCCGCAACGGGGAUCUGACCCGGCACCAGCGCAUCCACACCGGGGAGCGGCCCUUCGCCUGCGCCGACUGCGGCAAGUGCUUCAGCCACAACGGGGAGCUGAUCAAGCACCAGCGCAUCCACACCGGCGAGAAGCCCUUCACCUGCACCGAGUGCGGCAAGAGCUUCAACCGCAAGGGCACCCUCAUCACCCACCAGCGCAUCCACACCGGGGAGCGCCCCUUCGUCUGCGCCGAGUGCGGCAAGACCUUCAACCUGAAGACCACGCUGAUGAAGCACAAGCGGAUCCACACGGGGGAGCGGCCCUUCACCUGUGUGGAGUGCGGCAAGAGCUUCAAGUACAAGGGCAACCUGCGGACACACCACCUCACCCACACGGUGGAGCGGGUCUACCCCUGCACCGAGUGCGGAAAGAUCUUCAGCCACAAGAAGGAGCUGACGGUGCACCAGGCCGUCCACACGGAGGAGAGACUCUUGUCCUGCUAUGGAGACGGGGAGUCGUUCAACCCCUUCCUCCAGAUGCACCCGCUCCUACUGUCUGUGCCCCAAGCCAAGUGCCUCUGGAAGCCGUAACACCCUGUACCUAAGGCGGGAGUUACAGAAAUGCUACGUCCCCUGAGCAGGAGCAGAGGAGGAACAAUGCUGUAAUUUAGGAUUUGGACAUGCCGUGGUGCUGUACAGUGUGCUGAUGAAAUAACCGGCUCCCUGCCACAGGGAGCAACCAGGCUGACGGCCUGGGCUGACGAACCAACCGUGCAUCCCUAAGGAAAACCCAACUGCACAUUCCCUACACAACGCAGCUCCAAUUCAAAUGCAAACGCAGGCUCGAGUCUUGCCCUGAAGGAUGCCAAAGCUGUUGUACUAAUUCCAUUUGCUGGGUGGGAAAUACCCCCAGAGGUGCUAGAGAGAACGUCUGACACGGGGGACGGGAGAUUUCUGGGAAGGGACCUGUGGUUUAUGGAGCAGCGCUUGGAAAUGACACGGCCUGGGUUAACCGAUGUGGGAUCUUCAUCUUACUACUGAGAGGAGAGGUCAGUGCUGGCAGGACUCUCCAGCCCGGUUCCUGUGUGGAGCAAACAUAGCAGCGUUGUUCUGGCGAAGGCCAGUGGUUUCUCAGGGUGGGGGGUGCUGUGCUGUGUGGUGGUGUUAGGUCAGGCCCAGUGGGUACUUGGGGGGUGGGCGAGGCUUUGCUACUGCGCUGUAGUUAUGGCUUAUGGCAGCAGCUCCUCAGUGGAACUACUGGAGAGACCUGACGGACGGCGCCUGUUCCAGCCAGGCCGGUGACAGUCUGGGAAAUGAAAGAAAAUCUCAAUUGAGUGUGGACUUGAGAACUCCAGGUGCAAGGCCCCUGGAGCAAUAAUUACUGUAGUGCUGUUUACUCUCUCUUCUCUUACUGACUCUAUUUACCCACCAGGAGUGUGCCCUGGGCUUCGCAACCGAGUAUGGCCUGAUCCCUGACCUGAGAGGUGACCAUCUCACGGAGACCACCUAGCGAUCUUAUAGCGAAUCACAGAGUCGUAGGGUGGGAGGGACCUCGAGAGGUCAUCUAGUCCAGUCCCCUGCACUCACGGCAGGACUAAGUAUUAUCUAGACCAUCCCUGACAGGGGUUUGUCCAACCUGUGCUUAAAACCCUCCAGUGCCAGAGAAUAGUUACAGCUGGAAAAGACCUAUUGGUCAUUUUGCCCAUUCCUAGCCAAUGCAGGGUCGGUCUCUACUCUAUAUGUUCUAGGAAUAUGUCCAGCCUACUGUUAAACGUCUCCAGCGAUGGGUCUUCCCUCGCUCCCUUGUGAGGUCUGUGCACGCUCCAAUAGACACUAACUACUUCUCAUCUUGUAUAAAAGGACUUGGGUUUAGUUGCUAGUUUGUAGUUAGGAAAAGGGUCAUUUUAAAGUUAAAAUUUGUCGUUCUCCGUGUGGCUAUCCUAGAAUCCUAGUCGUUAGAUUUGGAAAAGAACUAAUAAGUCUUCUAAUAAAAUCUAGUACUUC